UCAAAUAUUCCAGAUCGGUAACGAGGAAUAAUGUCUCAUUUAAACCUUGGAUUUAAGUUGUUUACACUGUCCUAUAAGUUACUUUUUCUGAAAGGAGUUCAUGGUAUUUCGUUUUAAUGGUAGAUUGAAAAAUAAAGAAACAAAAAUUGAGCCUAGAAGAACUUCGGAAGCUAUAUUGCAAUACUCCCAGCAUCAUUUUAUUUUUAGCAGAGUUUUGGGUAUGUCUGGAAGAAAUGUAGAGCGGGAUCGUCUGAUGAAAAGGAUCGCCGAGAAACGAGCCCAACUUGAAGCCAGAACCGAUUUAAAUAUCAAAAUACCUCGAUUCCAGUUGCCUUCGGAUUUUAAUUUCGAAGACAGGUCUCUCUUCUCUUUACCCCCCGAAAUAUUAAAACCCAUUCUCGCAUCAGCUCAUCCAAAGUAUCGCAAGAAACUUGAGACGGAAAAGAAAAAAGCUAAGGAAAGAUUAAAUAAAUUGAAGUCUUACACCGCGCUUCGGAAGCAGAGGGAGGAGUUUAGACAGCGUUUAAUAAGUUUGAUUACUAAUGACCGCGAGGUUGACUAUGACGAUUUGCCCUCUGUGCAGGAGAAAGAGAUGUUACGGUACUACUACUAUGUCAAACACGGGGUGGAUACCGUACAUGUAGCGCCGUUAGAUGACAUAAUGUUAAACAGGAUUCUGUCUCUCGUUCCCCGCCAACUAAUGGCAUGGGAAACAACUCUGGCCAAAAAUGUUGAAGAUAUCAAAGAAGAUUUCAUGACGGCAAACAAGAAAGCCAUAAUCGACUUUGUAUUACAAGAUCCCUCUUCUACAGUUGCAAUUGCAGACGAUGACUCGCCAUUUAAAACGGAACGUAAAGCGAUCGGAAAUAGUUUCCGGCCAGCGUUCGAUGCAGCCAAGUUUAAGUUGGGAAGGAUUCUUCACGUUAUCAAUCCCUGUUUGGCGACGUUGUUCGAUUUGUGGUAUACCCGCUUUAGAAAAUUGAGGCUGAUAGAUGUGGAGGAUCUUAAAGCGCACAAGGGCGCCUUUGACCUGCAAGAGUUUAAAUACACAGUGAACAGAAAUAUACAAAAGUGCAAGGACGUAAUUAUGGAUCGGUAUUACUACGCGGUUACCGAUAUAUUCCUUCAAGGUAGUAAGAAGAAUAAACUGCCAGAUCCAUCAAAGCCGAAAAAAAUGAAAUCUUUCUACAAUUCAGUCGCGAUGAUUAUGACAUACCAUUUGCAAUCGUUAUGUCUUAAAUCUCUCUAUGACUAUGUCGAAUAUAUCACGGACAUAAAAUACUCGAACAAGGGUUUUCAAAUUAAACUCGUCCCAAGGAUGAAUGUGCUUUGUUUUGAGCCGCCGUUUAAGAACUUUAAGGAAGUGCUGAUUAGUAAAAUUGACGAAAUAGUCGACUCUGUAAUGGAUAUAGCAAGACUAGAAUCUAGACUUUACCUGGAUUACCAACAGCCAAUUGAAUAUUUAAAGCCCACAAUACCUGAAGAAACCAUUUCCCGUUACAAAAAAAUGAUCCAAGAACUACUAGAUAACCAGAGGAUCGGUCCGGAGCUAAGAGUUCAAGAUUUCGACGAGUAUAUGCCCCUGAUCAACGGAGAAAGCGAAGACGAACUAGCAACUUUCUUUGCGACCGAUCACGGCCUGCAAGAUUACAUGAAGCAGAUCUUAAUCUACAAGGAUAUCAUGGAUCAGAUUCCCAUUGUAGCGCAGCACGUAAUCAGGAUGGAAAUGUACGAAAUGAACAGAAUCGAGUUAAUCAAAGUUUUGGGGAUUCAGGCAGAAUAUUUCAGAGACAAGUUGAUUCAAAGAUGUAUUAGGAGUUACCAGCAAAUGUGCAAAACGCUAGGGGAAGAGUAUCAAAUGAUUGCGGAUAGAGCACUGAGCAUUCCAGCGAAUACUGCAGAAUUAAUGGACUUAAUUAAAUUUGUAAACGAAACGGAAUCGGUAACUCUAUAUCAGAUGGAAGACCGUUUAAGAGAGGUGAUGAAUUACAUUCUUUUUCUUUCUGACCAUUGUCUGUUUACUCCCGUGGAAAUGAAGCAGAACAACAUUACGUUUCACUGGUAUCUUCAUAUGCCGAAAGUGAUAGAAGAACAUAGGCGAAUGGUUGACGCAAAAAUGGAAGAGUUUCAAGCUCUGCUGACGGUAAAAAUUGGAAAGUUUAAAGACGAUUUGGAGCUAUAUGGUCGAAUGGUGGACGAAUUACAACACAACGGGAACUUGGAUGAACUACCGCGUUACCACAAAAAAGCGACGAAGCUGAACGAGCGGUUAAUCGCUGCAAUGGAUCGCAUCGACAUGUUCAACGAAGAAGAAAUAUCGUUUGGAUUCGAACUAUCGCAGUAUCCCCUGCGAAAACAAAUACACGACAAAUUAGCACCGUACAAACGGUUGUACGACAAUAGCAUCGAGUUUUUCCGAAAAUACGAGCUGUGGAUGAAGUCUAGGGUGGGAUCGCACGAUCCGGAAGAGAUUGAAAUGGACGUUGGUACUUUUUAUAGAAAUAUUUACCGGUUGGAAAAGACUUUCACGGAGAAACCGGCUACUCUGAACUUGGCCACAACCGUGCGUCAAAAAAUCGAAGAGUUUAAGGAGCACAUGCCAAUUAUUCAGACGUUGGGCAAUCCAGGCAUGAAAGAGCGCCACUGGGAAAAAGUGUCCGAAAUUGUUGGUUUCCCGAUAAAAGUAGACGAUGAACUGACUCUGGAGAAAAUAAUCGAUUAUGGAUUGAGCGACUACACCGAUAAGUUCGAAGUUAUAUCGGAAGCAGCCACGAAAGAGAAUAAUUUGGAGAGGAGUUUGAAUAAGAUGAUGUCCGAAUGGCAGGAUUUGGAGUUUACUAUACUUUUGUACAGAGACACGGGCACUCAUAUUUUAUCGGCAGUUGAUGACAUUCAAGUGUUAUUGGACGAUCAUAUUGUGAAAACCCAGACUAUGAAAAACUCGCCGUAUAUUAAACCAUUCGAGGUCGAAAUUCUCGCCUGGGAGCAGAAACUUCAAUUACUUCAAGAGAUUUUAGACGAAUGGUUCAAAGUGCAGGCCACUUGGAUGUAUUUAGAACCGAUAUUUUCAUCUCCCGACAUUCAGCAACAAAUGCCUGAAGAGGGUCGACGUUUCAGUGCGGUGGACAAAAUAUGGAGAGACCUCAUGAAAACCGUUUAUAGCGAUUCGAGAGUACUCGUCGUAGUUGAAAUUGAUAAGAUGGCGGAAAGGUUGAAAAAAUGUAAUAAUCUGCUCGAAUUGAUUCAAAGGGGUCUGAACGAUUAUUUGGAGAAGAAGAGAUUGUUUUUUCCGAGAUUUUUCUUCCUCUCCAACGACGAGCUUUUGGAAAUUUUGUCGGAAACCAAAGAUCCAAAGAGAGUUCAACCCCACCUCAAGAAAUGUUUCGAAGGUAUUGCUACGUUAUCAUUUACUGAAGACUUGGAUGUAACGGAGAUGAAAUCUAGCGAAGGCGAAGUGGUUCCGUUGCCAGAUAUUAUUCAGACGGCCUUAGCUCGGGGGCAAGUUGAAAAGUGGCUAGUUCAACUCGAAACUGAAAUGAAAAAGGCAGUUCAUUUGAUGGUGACAAAAUCUAUCGAAGAUUAUCCAAAGCGCUCUAGAGACCAAUGGGUUUUAAAGUGGCCUGGCCAAUGUGUUCAGUCCGUCAGUAGCUGUUUCUGGACCACACAGGUCACCGAAGCUAUAUCCCGAGGCUUGGAUGCCAUGGGAGCUUUUCUGGAAAAAUGUAAUUACGAAAUAUCGAAAAUAGUCGACUUGGUCCGCGGCAAAUUAAGCGUCCAAAAUAGAAUAACCCUCGGAGCCCUCGUAGUGUUAGAUGUACACGCGAAAGACGUAGUUGCCGGACUGAUCGACUUAAAGGUUAAAUCUGUUCACGAUUUCAACUGGCUGUGCCAGUUGCGGUAUUAUUGGGAGGAAAACCAAUUAAUUACGUCCAUGGUGAACUCCACUCUCAGAUAUGGUUAUGAAUAUCUCGGGAACACCACUAGAUUGGUAGUGACUCCAUUAACCGAAAGGUGCUACAGGACCUUGUUUGGUGCUCUUCAUUUACAUUUAGGAGGGGCACCGGAAGGACCUGCCGGAACUGGUAAAACAGAGACGACAAAGGAUCUAGCCAAAGCUGUGGCAAAGCAAUGCGUAGUAUUUAACUGCUCGGACGGGUUAGAUUAUAUCGCAUUAGGAAAAUUCUUUAAGGGGCUAGCUUCGUGUGGAGCCUGGUCUUGCUUCGACGAAUUUAACCGAAUCGAUCUUGAAGUCUUGUCUGUCGUAGCUCAGCAAAUAUUAACUAUUCAGCGAGGUAUUAAUUCAGGCGUAGAAAAAUUGCUGUUUGAAGGCACAGAAAUUAAUCUGGAUCCGACCUGUGCAGUGUUUAUUACCAUGAAUCCAGGUUAUGCGGGCCGUACAGAGUUGCCUGACAAUCUAAAAGCUUUAUUCCGGUCUGUGGCCAUGAUGGUACCUGAUUAUGCGAUGAUUGCUGAAAUUGAACUUUACGCGUCAGGAUUUAUGAUCGCGCGACCUUUAGCGAUUAAAAUUGUGGCUACUUACCGCUUGUGUUCGGAGCAGCUUUCAUCCCAAUUCCACUAUGACUACGGAAUGCGGGCAGUGAAAUCAGUAUUGAGGGCAGCAGGAGCAUUGAAGCUGCGGUAUCCUCACGAAAAAGAAGACAUUUUGAUAUUGAGGUCAAUUAAAGAUAUUAACCUCGCGAAGUUCCUUCACCACGAUAUACCCUUGUUUCAGGGUAUCACUUCUGAUCUGUUUCCUGGGGUGAUUUUGCCAGAACCCGAUUACGAUGUGCUUAGUCAUGCCAUCAAAGACACUUGCAAUGCUCAAAAUAUACAAUGCGUGCCGACUUUCUUGGAAAAAGUUGAACAGCUAUACGAAAUGAUAUUAGUCAGACAUGGGUUGAUGAUUGUCGGAUUGCCUUUUGCGGGAAAAACUACGUCGUAUAGAAUACUCGCUGAUGCACUGAGUCUUGCCGAGGAGAGGGGCGGUAUGGACGAACAUCGGGUUAUUUAUACCGUAAUGAAUCCAAAAGCAAUAACGAUGGGACAAUUAUAUGGACAGUUUGACCCGGUGUCUCACGAGUGGUCGGAUGGUGUUUUAGCUGUGAGUUUUCGGCAAUAUGCGAUGUCUGCCACUGAAGAAAGGAAAUGGUUGAUUUUUGAUGGGCCUGUGGAUGCAGUUUGGAUUGAGAAUAUGAAUACCGUCUUGGAUGAUAACAAAAAACUAUGCCUUAUGUCAGGGGAAAUUAUACAAUUAUCCAACACGACGAAUCUUAUAUACGAACCAAUGGAUUUGGAUGUAGCAUCACCAGCGACGGUUUCCAGGGUUGGUAUGAUAUAUAUGGAACCAAGAUCAUUAGGUUGGGAGCCGCUUUUAACGUCCUGGUUAAGUACAUUACCUCCGUUCAUCAGUAGCGAUUUUUACAAGUCUAUGAUUUAUAAUCUUUUCUUAAGAUUUUGUAAACCAUUGCUGUGGCUAAUACAUAAGGGAGGUGUUCGGCAAAUAGUAUCUACGUCAGAUCACAACCUUCUCAAAUCGACAAUGAAUCUUUUCGACUGUUUCAUGGACGACUUUUACGAUGAAAAAUAUCGCGAACAAGUAUCCGAUUUAGACGUAAGAGCUCAAAUAGAGGGGUCGUUCUUUUUCGCAUGCAUAUGGUCGAUGGGUGGCACCCUAGACAAUCUGAGUAGAGAGAAGUUCAAUCUUAUGUUCAGAGGUCUGUUGGAGAGAGAGUUUCCGCAGAAAACCGCCGAAAUGCUCAACGUACCAUUCCAGAUUAAGAAGCCAGAAAAACCGUACAUUUUUACAUUACCAAUCGGCGAAGGAGUUUUUGACUAUAGAUUUAUUAAAGAGGGUAAAGGUAAAUGGAAGUUGUGGUCCGAUGAACUAUUAAAUGCGCCCCCUAUUCCGAGGGACAUUCCGGUGAAUCAGAUAAUUGUGGUUACCGCUGAAACUGUGCGAACGACUGCUUUAAUGCAGUUGCUGGUUCAGCACCAGAAAGCUCUUAUGAUUAUCGGUCCAACUGGAACCGGAAAAUCGGUGUACGCAACAGAUUUCUUGUUAAAGAAGAACGACCUGCAAGUCUACAUUCCUUUAUUUAUAAAUUUUUCUGCCCAAACAACUGCCAAUCAGACCCAGAAUAUCAUAAUGGCGAAAUUAGAUAAACGCAGAAAAGGGGUCUACGGUCCACCAGUCACGAAAAAAUGCGUCGUCUUCAUAGACGAUGUCAAUAUGCCACUGAAGGAAGUUUAUGGUGCACAACCUCCCAUUGAAUUAAUAAGACAAUGGUUCGACCAUCAAAUGUGGUAUGAUUUGAAAGAGAUCGUGCCGAUGAAGUUAAUUGACAUUCAGUUCAUGUGCGCCAUGUGCCCGCCCGCUAGCGGAGGAAAUGUAGUAACUCCCAGGUUCACUAGGCAUUUUAAUUAUUACUGCAUAGACGAAUUCCAAGACAGCACCCUGAUCAACAUAUUUAGUAAAAUCAUGCUUUGGCACUUGGACACAAGGGGAUUCUCGAAAGAAUUCGACCCUUGCAUCGAAGAAAUUGUUUUGGCUACUUUGGAUAUUUAUAAAAUGGCCCGCGUAAACUUGCUUCCCACUCCAUCAAAGUCCCAUUAUUUGUUUAAUUUAAGAGACUUUUCCAGAGUAAUUCAGGGGGUUUUAUUGUCAGUUCCCGAAGCAAUGGAAGAUCUAAUUGCAAUGAAAAGGCUAUGGGUGCACGAAAUCCUUCGAGUGUAUUACGAUCGAUUAGUAGAUGAGAACGACAGAAAUUGGAUUAUCCAAGCUCUAAGAAAUGUGUGCGCGGAUAAACUGCGCGAAAAUGUUGAUGUUAUGUUCCAGAGAUUGACGACUCCAGAAAAUUUUACGAUUGGAGAACCGGAACUGAGAAAACUUAUCUAUUGUGAUUUUGCUAAUCCGAAAGCUGAUCAGAGGCAUUAUAUUGAAGUUCAAGAUUUGGAACAAUUAAAGGAUAUUGCUGAGGGCUAUCUGAAUGAGUUUAACAACAUGACAAAGAAACCGAUGAACUUGGUCCUUUUUAGGUUUGCCAUUGAACAUCUGUCAAGAAUAUGUCGAAUACUUAAGCAGCCCAGAAGUCACGGUCUGUGUGUGGGUGUCGGCGGAUCUGGGAGACAAUCAUUGACACGCCUAGCGGCCCACAUAUCCGAAUACGACUUGUUCCAAGUGGAAAUUACUCGACAUUAUGGCGCGCAUGAAUGGCACGAAGAUGUAAAGGAGAUUUUAAAGAGGACCAGCGCUACAGAUCAACAUGGCGUAUUUCUAUUCAGCGACACCCAAAUUAAGGAGGAGGGAUUUUUGGAGGAUGUUAGCAAUCUGAUGAACUCUGGAGAGGUGCCCAAUCUAUUUACGGUGGAAGAAAAGAUCGAGAUUUGCGAGAAGAUGAGGCAAUUGGAUAGGCAACGCGACAAGUCGUUACAAACUGAUGGCAGUCCUGCCGCGCUAUUCAAUUUCUUCGUUCAGAUUAUAAGAGAACAGCUGCACAUCGUACUUACGAUGAGUCCUAUCGGAGAUCACUUCAGGAAUCGCAUCAGGAAGUUCCCGGCGUUGGUCAAUUGCUGCACAAUAGAUUGGUUUCAGACUUGGCCGGAAGACGCUCUACUUGCGGUCGCCGAGAAAUUUUUGGGAGAGAUAGAACUAACCACCCAAGAGAGAAAAGUCUGCAUCGAUAUGUGUCAGAUUUUCCACGUUUCCACUCAGGAAUUAUCAGACGAAUACUUCAUCAGAUUAAGGCGUUUUAACUAUGUGACCCCGACGUCAUACUUGGAGAUGAUUAAUACGUUUAAGACCUUUUUGGCGAGGAAAAGAAAGCAAAUUCUUCUAGCUAAAAAUAGAUACGAGGUAGGUUUGGAAAAGCUAGAAAACGCAGGAGCCGAAGUGGCCGUGAUGCAAGCGGCUCUGGAAGCACUUCAACCGGAAUUGGUGGUUGCUCAAGCGAAAGUUGAAGAGACAAUGAAAGUGGUGGAAACUGAAACGUUGGAAGCGGCGGAAGUUGAAAAGGUUGUAAUGGAAGACGAAGAAGUAGCUAACGAACAAGCCAAAGCUGCGCAAGCUAUUAAGGAUGAGUGCGAGGCAGAUAUGGCGGAGGUGAUGCCGAUUUUAAACGCUGCAUUGGCAGCUCUCAACACAAUUACUCCAGCUGAUAUCGCUAUAGUGAAAACGAUGAAAAAUCCACCGAGGGGCGUGAAGCUCGUGAUGGAAGCUGUUUGCAUCUUAAAGGACGUGAAACCUGAUAAGAUUCCUGCACCCACUGGUAUAGGAACAAUAGAAGAUUACUGGGGUCCAUCGAAAAAAGUGCUGACGGAUAUUAAGUUUCUGGACAGCUUAAUAAAUUACGACAAAGACAACAUUCCACCCCGUAUUAUGGCUAAACUAAAGGAGCAUAUCCUAGACGAUGAAAGUUUUGAUCCUGAAAAAAUCAAAACCGCAUCUUCGGCUUGCGAAGGGAUUUGCAAGUGGGUAAUUGCAAUCUCCAAGUACGACAAAGUAGCAAAAAUCGUGGCCCCCAAAAAACAAGCACUAGCAAUCGCUGAGCGCCAAUUUAACGCAGCGAUGGCUUCGUUGGAAAUCAAGAGAACUCAGCUUCGCGAAGCGCGCGAACGGGUAGCGAAACUCGAAGAACGAUUGGCCGCGGAGAAGAAGAAAUUCGAGAUAUUAACGGCUGAAGUGAAUCUCUGUCAGUUAAAGUUGCAGAGGGCUGAGGAUUUGAUCGGCGGAUUGGGUGGUGAGAAGGAUAGGUGGAGGGCCACAGCCAUCCAGUUGGGCGAGACGUAUAACAUGUUGGUCGGGGAUAUUUUAAUUUCCGCUGGAAUUGUGGCUUAUCUGGGAGCGUUCACAAUGCAAUUUAGAACAAAGCAAGUGGACCAAUGGGUUAACACCUUGAAUGGUUUUGGAAUAGUGUGCACCAAAGACUUUCAAGUGAUCAACGUUUUGGGCGAGCCGGUGGUUAUAAGGCAGUGGAACAUUUACGGACUUCCUACUGAUAAUUUUAGUAUCGAGAAUGCGAUUAUUAUAUCAAAUGCGCGGAGAUAUCCGUUAAUGGUCGAUCCGCAAGGACAAGCGAACAAAUGGAUAAAAAAUAUGGAACGGACUAGCAACUUGGCGAUAAUCCGUUUCACUCAAGCGGAUUACGUUCGCAUUCUCGAAAACGCCAUUCAGUUCGGUCAACCGGUGUUGUUGGAAAAUGUGGGUGAGGAAUUGGAUCCGAUUUUGGAACCCGUAUUGGCCCAGCAGAUAUUCAAACAGGGCGGCGCUUUAUAUUUGAAACUGGGCGAUUCCGUCGUGGAAUAUAGCUCAGAUUUUAGAUUGUACAUCACGACAAAAUUAAGAAAUCCCCAUUACUUACCGGAAGUGGCUGUAAAAGUGACGCUCGUCAAUUUCAUGAUAACAAAAGCCGGACUGGAAGACCAACUUUUAGGCAUCGUUGUAGCCAAAGAGAGGCCCGAUUUGGAAGCCGAGAAGAACGCUCUGAUAAUUCAGGGAGCCGAAAAUAAAAAAUCAUUAAAGGAAAUUGAGGAUAAAAUACUCGAAGUGCUGAGCACUUCUAAAGGAAAUAUUUUAGAGGACGAGACUGCUAUCCAGAUCCUAAGUUCUUCCAAAGCUUUGGCGAAUGAAAUUGCUGCUAAGCAAGACAUCGCCGAAGUGACUGAAAAACAGAUCGAUAAGGCUAGAUUGGAGUACACACCCAUUGCAGUACAUUCUACGAUACUGUUCUUUACAAUUGCCGAUUUGGCAAAUAUCGAUCCCAUGUACCAAUACUCGUUGGCGUGGUUCGUGAAUUUAUUUAAAUCGACUAUCGAUAACACCGAUAAAGUGGAAGAUAUACCAAUGCGAUUGGAAGAUUUGAAAAAGGUUUUUACAUACCACUUAUAUGUUAACAUAUGUCGCAGCUUGUUCGAGAAGGACAAGUUGCUCUUUUCGCUGUUGUUGACGAUAAACUUGAUGAAGAGCCGCGAAGAAGUCGAUGCGAUCGAGUGGAUGUUCCUUUUGACGGGCGGCAUUGGUCUUGACAAUCCCAACGUAAAUCCGUGCGAUUGGUUGGUAAUCAAAUCGUGGGAUGAGCUGUGCCGCCUGAAUGAUCUGCCUGCGUUCAAAGGGUUAAUCCAUCACUUCACCGCCAACCUUACUAGCUGGAAAGAGAUAUUUGAUUCUGCGGAACCUCAGAAAAGGCCUUUACCCAGUCCUUGGGAGAAAAAACUCAGUUCCUUGCAAAAGCUCCUUGUCUUGCGAUGUAUACGGUACGACAAAAUUAUUCCGGCAGUGCAAGAUUUUGUUAGAGGUCAUUUAGGCAAGGAGUUCGUGGAACCACCUCCAUUUGAUUUGACCUCGUCUUUCGCCGACUCCCACUGCUGCCUUCCUCUGAUAUUCGUUCUCACUCCCGGAGCUGAUCCCACUGCAUUGUUGCUCAGGUUCGCAGACGAUCAAGGAUUUGGUGCUGCCAGGCUGUACUCUUUGUCUCUGGGACAAGGUCAAGGUCCGAUUGCCGUUAGGCUGAUAGAUGAGGGAGUGAAAAAUGGUACGUGGGUAAUUCUGCAAAACUGUCAUUUGGCGAAAAGUUUUAUGCCGACAUUAGAAAGGAUUUGCGAGAACCUUACACCGGAUGCGACCCAUCCGGACUUCCGGCUUUGGCUCACGUCUUAUCCAGCUGACCAUUUUCCAGUCCUGGUUCUGCAGAAUGGUAUCAAAAUGACCAACGAACCGCCGAAAGGUUUGCGAGCGAACAUUACCCGGUCAUAUAUGAGCGAUCCGAUAUCUGACUCGGAAUGGUUCGAAAAUUGCAAACAACCGCUAGCUUUUAAGAGACUUUUGUACAGUCUGUGUUUUUUCCACGCGAUCGUCCAAGAAAGAAGGAAGUUCGGACCUAUAGGCUGGAACAUCCCAUACGAAUUCAACGAGACCGAUUUGCGGAUUAGUGUGACGCAGUUGCAGAUGUUUCUUAAUGAAUACGAGGAUGUACAAUUUGAUGCUCUGCUUUACCUAACUGGAGAAUGUAACUAUGGUGGUCGUGUUACUGAUGACUGGGACAGAAGAACAUUGAAUACUAUACUACGGAAAUUCUAUUGCAAGGAAGUUAUUGAAGUGCCUAAUUUUAAUUUCGACUCCAAAGGCAAAUAUUACUGUCCCGACAAAAUCGAGUAUGAAGAGUUUAUGAACUACACAAGAUCGUUACCAUUAAUUACACAUCCGGAAGUUUUUGGGAUGAACGAAAACGCAGACAUUACGAAGGACCAACACGAGACCGAUUUGCUACUUACCACCACACUGUUAACGCAGGAUACAAUUGCAGUCAGCGGUUCAGCCAAAUCGUCCGAUGAGAUCGUUGUCGAAGUUGCAAGCGAUAUAUUAGCAAAACUUCCGAGUAAUUUUGAUCGGGAUGUCGCACUCGAGAAAUAUCCGGUCUCUUACGAGCAAAGUAUGAAUACCGUAUUGGUACAGGAAAUGAACCGUUUCAAUAUUUUGCUCGAUGUUAUUAGAAACAGUCUUCAAAACGUGCAAAAAGCCAUUAAAGGGUUGAUCAUAAUGUCAUUGGAGUUGGAAGAAGUAGUGAAAAGUAUACUAACUGGAAAAAUACCAACAAUGUGGGCAAGCAGAUCCUACCCGUCGCUUAAACCGCUGGGAAGUUAUAUUAACGACUUUUUGGCUAGACUUGUUUUUCUUCAAAAAUGGAUGGACGACGGACCGCCGACAACAUUUUGGCUGUCAGGGUUUUUCUUCACUCAGGCCUUCCUUACCGGAGCGCAACAGAAUUACGCCAGAAAAUAUACGAUCCCUAUUGAUCUCUUAACCUACGACUAUGAAGUUCUCAAAGGAGCAAUAUUCAACAAACCUCCAGAAGAUGGUGUCCUUGUUUAUGGUUUGUUUUUGGAGGGAGCAAGGUGGAAUUACGAAAAAAUGAUCAUCGAUGAAUCGCUACCAAAAGUCCUGUACGAUAAUGUUCCUCAUAUAUGGCUUAAACCCAUCAAACGAGAUGAGUUAAUAGAACGUCAUACAUAUACUUGUCCCGUGUACAAAACAACUGAGAGACGCGGAGUACUGUCUACUACAGGGCAUUCAACAAAUUUUGUUAUUGCCAUGGCUCUUCCUACCGAAAAACCGGAAAAUCAUUGGAUCAUGAGGGGUGUAGCUAUGCUGUGCCAAUUAAGUCAUUAACUUUGCUUGAGUAGGAUUAUUUUAAUUGCUCUGUAAAUUAUUUUUUAUUUUUAGUACACUAUUAAAAUCUUGACAUCUAGUUUCAACAAAAUAUCAACCAUUCCAGCUAGCCAAAAAAAACUGCAAUUACAAAAUUAUUACACAAUAUCGUCCUGUAUAUUCUAAGCAUGCCCAGUGGAGUAAGCUCAAUGAAAAUGCGAAAUCAAGAUCUCAAAAACUACAAGAGCUAUAAACUAGAUCUGUAAAGAAGCUUUUCCUUUCUUAUGUAUUUUAAAUGCCCUGAAAUAAGAUAACUAAUCACACUCUAUUAUUAAAAGUCUGUGCUGAUUUUGCAAUUUUAAAAUAUUUCGAUAAUUAAUGAAAAUGCGAUAAAAUUCACUAUAGUUCAAGUUUUUGUUUUUCAAUAUAUUGAAAAAGUUUGGGAUUAAACUGCAAAAUUACAUAAAAUAAAUGGUACACUUGAAUUAUAUAUAUUUUUUUAAUUUGAGAAAAUCGAAAUUAAAAUGAGAAGUGCGUUUUCUUGUGGUGAGAUCAAAUAGCUUUCCGUCGCCUUUACAGGUCUAACAAUUUAAUUAUACUUUGUUCGGUGCUUAGGAGUCACACGAAAUUGUUAGGAAAAGUGGAGAUAUAUUUGCGACUGGCGGCAACGCCUUU